AGCUGAUACGGUUUCUACACGUGUUAAUGGAAACAUGGCGGAAUCCGUCGAGCACGAAUUAGACAGUACUCAGGUGAAAAAAGCAGUCCAGGCUCUCUUAGCAUAUCAGAAAACCAAAUCUAAAGCAAAUGCCUUACUCCUAAAUGAAUAUGAUCGAAUAUCUUUAAUGUUAACUGUCUGGAAAAUUCCCAAUCAUGCACAAACCAUUCGAAUCCGUCUUCCUCAUGAGAUUCGUACAGAAGCGUGUGACGUGUGUCUCAUCACCAGAGAUGAGCCAGACCUGACUUCAGAGCAGACAGUGACUUUCUAUAAGAAGUUGCUUAACCAGCACGGUGUUACACACAUUAAUGAGAUCAUUCCUCUUAGAACUAUAAAGAAGGAAUACAAGCCGUAUGAAGCAAAGCGUCGCUUGCUGAGCAGUUAUGACCUUUUUCUCUCUGAUGAUCGGAUUCGCCGGUUCUUGCCGUCCCUCCUGGGCAAACAUUUCUACAAGGCUAAGAGAGAACCUCUGUCUGUGAACUUGAAAACAAAGUACCUUGCUGCAGAACUGAAUCGUUAUAUCCAGGGAACCACACUGCAUAUAACAAACAAAGGCUGUUGCUACUCCAUCAGAGUUGGUCACACAGGGAUGAAGGUUGAUGAUGUUGUUGAGAACACAAUAGCGGUUGCCAAAGUGCUGGCGACAAAGUUACCAAUGCAAUGGAAGAAUGUCAAACUUCUUCACCUAAAAACUCAGACGUCCGUAGCACUGCCCGUAUACAACUCCCCUCUCACAAACAUGAAUGAUGUGCAGCAAACUCGUAGCACAGAUAAGGAUGGAAAGCCAUUCGAAAAGAAGAAAAAAAGAUCCACUUCAGAGAAGCAGCACAAAGUGUCUGGUGCAGACUCUGGAGUUUCCUCUGCAUCAGCUGAUGAGCAGGACAGGGAAGAUGCUACAAGCAAGCAGCAGGCAGAUUCCUCCCAGGAGGAAGAGGAGGAAAUUCCAGAGCUGGUGCCUAUAGAGGCACCCUCCAAAAAAAAGAAUAAAAAGAAAGAGGAAAUUCCUGUGAAAAAAACUAAAACUGUUAAAAAGAAUCGGGCGCCAAAACAGAUCCCAGAGCAAGUAGAGGCAUCACCACCUGCUGUAAAAAAGAAGCGCAAAGUAAUUGAUCCAGAGCAAGAAAGUCCAAUCAAGCAGAAAAAGAGAACCCCUGCAAAAUCGCUCGAGGAGCACAAGGCGCUGGACUCAUUGCCUGAAGUUCUUAAAAAGACUCCUAAAAAAGCAGCGGGAAAAUCUCCUAAACUUAUCAAAUCUUCCAAAAAAACUCCUCAGACUCCAAAACUAAAGCAGAAAAAGAGAAUGAAAGGGCCACAGUCUGUCUAAUGCUGUUAUCGCUGCUACAGUAAUUUGCCUGCACGCGGUUCCAAACCACCUGCUCCUUGUGCAUAUUCCAAAUGUUCCUAACAACGUUAAUGGAUUUUUUUAUAGGCUUCUUAUUUCUUUUAACACCUACGUAUUUGCUAAUCAGAAAAGCAGAUAUGGUUAUAGCAAACAUGGAACCCUGCACUUGUAAAUCAUUAGCUAAAAUGUUCCUAUCUUAUAAAUAUAAAUAAAUAAUGCACGUUGGUGCUUUAAUAAGUUUUGAAAAGCAUUUUUAUCUAAGAUUUUAACUUUUAAUACAUUUUGUAUGGGAAAAAACAUUGCAUGUGCUCUGUAAUAAAAUAUUCUGUGCAAAAUUGUAA